CUUCCGCGUAUUGGACCUAAUUAUAGCGGGUAUCUGUCUGAACCUGCUGUGCGCUAUGAGAAUCCUGUAGUUUCGGACCAUGUUCCCACUGUAGCUUCCCAUUGUAGCUUGUGCGGGUGUCAGGGCUGAUCCAGAUCCCGGGCGGUGGGCAGGCCAUCAUCGCGGGUGGCGUGCUGAGCCUGCUUUCGGAUCUCUCCGACGAGGAGCAGCGAGCCACCUCGUUCCUGCGUAUGCACAUCACAAGCCUGUUUGGCAACCUGGCCUGGCCCCUGGUGUCCGCGAUGAUGGAGCGGACAGGUCCGUGGCCUUGUCUCAUCGUUGCCGUUGGGCUCCUGGUCUUGGGCAGCGUGGUGUUCAUCUUCGUGCCCGACAAUAAGCGGCAGCACGAGGCGAAAGACGCAGACGACCAAACCGGAGACAACAGCAUGCAGGCCGUGCAGCAGCUGCAUGAGGCCUUUAGCAUACUGAAUUCCACCUCGUUGCUGAUCCUCUUCCUGGUCGCCCUGACGAGCAGCCCCGUGGGCCCGUCGACCCUCGCCUUUCUUGUGCAGUACGCAUCGAAUUGCUUCAGUCUCCUGAUUUUCACUACGGGAUUUAUCGACAGACCGGCUAUGGCGAUGUCAACCUGGUUUUCGUGGUGCUUGUCAUACCCUACAUCCCCCCGUCUCGUCCUGGGAUGCGAGGUCCUGCGGCGCGUGCCGGGGCUGUCCAACGAGCGGGACCACGAUCUCGUCCAGGCCCCUAGCGCCGCGGUCCUGGGUCUUGCACCCAACUUGCCCGUGUUCUGCGUGGGGAUGUUGUUUCUAACUGCCGGGUCCGGGUAUAGUAGCUUCACGCGGUGUUUGAUUAGUGACUAUAUCGAACCCGAGCAUCGCUUGCGCAUCUUCGCCCUGGUUAGCAUGGUGGAGAUGCUGGGUAACAUCUCCAGCCAGCUCAUGCUCCUGGCUCUCUUGUCGUUUAGUCUGGAGCUGGGAGGGAAGUGGUUGGGCCUUCCUUAACUGGUUCUAGCGACCAUCUUGGUUGUCUCUACUACCCUGCUGUUCCUCUCCCGGUUGCCGACAAGGUUGAUGCGAUGAAUGAAUCGUCGUCAUCAGAUGUGGACGAGAACUGACGCGCUG